GUUAGACGUUGGUUGAUGCACAAGCGAAAUAUAGCCUUGCAAGUGGUUGAGAAGGGGGAGGUGGCGGACGAUUUACAGCCAAUAUGAGGAGAUCAGCAUGAAUGACAAAAACGUCAACUCUGCUGGUGCCCAACCAAUGACCAGCAUGGAAGACAUAGUGUCUGGACCCAGCAUGGACAACACCCCACAAACAGAAGAGGGGCAGCUGCCCAGCAUGUCUGAUGCAGCGCCUGACACCUCGCCCUGCGACACGGACUCAGACCACGACGAGCCGUGGCAGGGGGGCAGGUCCACUGGCGACCUACCUGACGAGAUCCUGGAUCACCUGCUGACAUUCGUGCUGCCUUACGACGACAUGCGGAGCUGCAGGCUGGUGUCGCGCCGCUGGCUGCACGCCGUCAGACGUGUGGAGAUCAAGCUGCGCCGCCUGCUGACUCGCAGUCUGGAUGAGCUGUCCGUGGCCUGGUUCCACUACGACACGCCGCCGCCGGUGCCGGGCUCGCCGAUCGCCCCGCACCGCGUCAUCACGAAACGUUGCGCUCACUCCGCCGCCAUGCUCGAUGGGCGGAUGUACGUCUUCGGCGGCUGCAGCUCGCGCAUGACUUCGUUCAACGACCUCUGGUGGCUGGAGCUGGGCGGCCUGGAGUGGCGGCGUCCCCCGGCCGUCGGCUCGUACCCCAGCCCCAAGGCCUACGCCUCGCUGGUCACCUACGGCGACCGGCUGGUGCUAUUCGGUGGCUGGAGUCAGGCGGCACCCUACCCGCUGCACCAGUCCUGGAAGCUGUUCGACGAGCUGCACGUAUAUCACACCAAGGAGUGUCGCUGGGAGGAGGUGCGUGGAGUGACGUCCAGCGUGCCCGAGACCGGCCUGCCGGGCACCGUCUGCUCGGCGCGCUGGCCACCUAAGAUGGCGCGGCACGCAGCUUCGGUGCACGGCCACCAGAUGGUGGUGGUGGGCGGCCUGCACAGCCACAGCAGCCGGUUUGCGCCGAGCAACGACGUGUGGGUGUUCGACUUCGUGACGGAGGAGUGGCGUCAGCAGCGGUGUAGCGUGCCGGCGCCGGAGCCGCGCUACGGCCACUCCCAGCUGGUGCUGGACGACAGGCACCUGCUGCUGCUCGGCGGCUGCGUCGGCCCGAACCAGCUUCGUCAGGACGCCUGGCUGCUGGAGCUUGGCGCGCCGUCCGCCGAGUGGCGCUGGCGUCAGCUGACCGUGGAGGGCAUCGAGAACGCGCCGCUGCAGCUCUGGUGCCACCCGGCCUGCCUGGUGGGCAGGAAGGUGGUGGUGCUGGGCCGGUGUCGCGGCGAGUCGACCGCUCUCUCCUCGCCAACGCAGACCGCCCGGGGCCACGGACACCCGGCGCAAGGCAACGCCCACCCCGGGCAGGGAAACGCCCACCACGGGCACGGAAACGCCAACCCGGCGCAAGGCAACGUCCACCCCGGGCAGGGAAACGCCCACCCCGGACAGGGCAACCCCCACCACGGACAGGGAAACGCCCACCCCGGGCACGGAAACGCCAUUCCGGCGCAAGGCAAUGUCCACCAGGGCCAGGAAAACGCCAUUCCGGCUCAAGGCAACGUGCACCUGGCGCAAGGAAGCGUCCAUGCAGCGCCGGCCCUGCACGGCGAGCGUCGCGUGCCUCCGCCGCGACCGGCCGCGCAUUCGGCCGGGCCCGACCGAGUGGCGGCGGCCGUGUCGGCUGGUACCGUGCGCUGGCGCCACUGCGCCCGCCCCGACGGCCCCGACGAGCGGAACUUCUACUCGCUGGUGGCGGCGCGUGGCGAGCUGGUGAUGUUCGGUGGUAUUGUGACCCCGCCGCGCUCCACGGAGCCCGCCGCCGACGCCGCCCACGAGAAUGCCGUCUUCAACGCACUCAGCUUUAUCGCCAUCCCUUGUGAGCUGUUCGGCUGA